AUGGCCCGUUCCUCCUUACCCAACCGCCGCUCCACGCAGUUCGAAGCAAACAAGAGGAAAAGUAUCGCUCAUGCCCCAUCUCCUGCUCCUUCAAAUGGGAUCCAUCCAGUAACGCCGCCCAUCUAUAACAGUGCUGCCACUUCAGACUCUAAUAUCCAUGUAUACGUAAGGUGCAGAUCGCGCAAUAAGAGAGAAAUAGACGAAAAAAGCAGUGUAGUGAUCUCUACGCUUGGCCCGCAGGGAAAGGAAAUUAUCCUCUCCAACGGUUCCCACCAAUCAUACUCGUCCUCGAAGAAAACAUAUCAGUUUGAUCAAGUAUUCGGCGCAGAAUCUGAUCAAGAAACGGUGUUUAAUGCUACAGCAAAAAACUACAUCAGAGAAAUGUUGCAUGGUUAUAAUUGUACAAUAUUUGCGUACGGCCAAACAGGAACAGGUAAAACGUACACCAUGUCCGGUGACAUAAACAUUCUCGGUGACGUACAGUCUACCGACAAUCUGCUGUUGGGAGAACAUGCAGGUAUCAUACCGCGGGUCCUAGUCGAUUUGUUCAAAGAAUUGAGCUCUCUAAACAAGGAGUAUUCCGUAAAAGUAACCUUCCUAGAGUUGUAUAACGAAAAUUUGAAAGACCUACUCUCUGAUAACGAGGAUGACGAUCCGGCAGUAAAUGAUUCCAAGAGGCAAAUUCGCAUUUUUGAUAAUAACAACAAUAAUUCGUCCAUCAUGGUCAAGGGAAUGCAGGAAAUCUUUAUUAACUCUGCUCAUGAAGGCUUGAAUCUGUUGAUGCAAGGUUCUUUGAAAAGGAAAGUGGCCGCUACUAAGUGCAAUGAUCUUUCGUCAAGAUCCCAUACGGUUUUCACAAUCACAACAAACAUAGUAGAACAAGACAGCAAGGACCAUGGACAAAAUAAAAAUUUUGUAAAAAUCGGUAAAUUGAAUUUGGUAGAUUUGGCUGGCAGUGAAAACAUCAAUAGGUCGGGUGCAGAAAAUAAAAGAGCUCAAGAAGCCGGGCUGAUCAACAAAUCACUUUUAACAUUGGGUCGCGUCAUUAACGCACUUGUAGAUCAUUCUAACCACAUACCUUACAGGGAAUCCAAGUUAACAAGACUGCUGCAGGACUCCUUAGGUGGCAUGACCAAAACGUGCAUCAUUGCCACAAUAUCUCCCGCGAAAAUUUCCAUGGAGGAGACCGCAAGUACUCUGGAAUACGCAACAAGGGCCAAAUCUAUCAAAAACACCCCGCAAGUUAACCAAUCUUUAUCAAAGGAUACAUGCCUCAAAGACUACAUUCAAGAGAUCGAAAAAUUAAGAAAUGAUUUGAAAAAUUCAAGAAACAAACAAGGCAUAUUCAUUACUCAAGAUCAACUGGAUCUUUACGAAAGUAAUUCCAUACUAAUUGACGAACAAAAUUUGAAAAUUCAUAACCUACGAGGGCAGAUUAAGAAAUUUAAAGGAAAUUACCUAAAUCAAUUAGAUGUUAAUAAUUUUUUACAGUCGGAGAAGGAAAAACUAAUUAACGUAAUACGAAACUUUAAUGUAGAUUUUUCCAAUUUUAAUUCAGAGAUCCAAAAAAUUCAUCAUACUAAUCUCGAACUAAUGAAUGAAAUCACGCUACAAAGAGAUUUAUCGCAGGAAACUUCUCAGGAGCAAUACACCACUAGCCAGGAACUGCAAACGAAGAUUACCCAACAAGUUCUGCAGACUUUAAGCACAUUGCAGAGUUCUCUAAUGAAUUAUAAUUCGAAAUUUUCACAGGUUAUCAAUGGAGUCACCGAAGAAUUAUCCCGCAACGUAAACUUUCAUAAACUAAAACAUGAUUCUGCACUCGAGUCGUUAUUCGAUACCAGUGCAAACCAAUUAACAAUUAAACUGAACGAACUAGUUAAUGGUAUUUCGCAUUCGUUAAAGCAUUUCCGGGAUGAUUCUGUUUCUCACUAUAAUAAAGAUUUAAAUGAAGUUUAUCUAUCACAUAAGCAGUUCCUGAAGGAUUUAGAAAACGAUAUUAAAAAUUGUCUCGAUUCAAUAGGUAGUCUAAUUGUGGCUUCCAUAAACGAGAUUUCGCAGACUUGCACCACAAGUUUGGAUAGCGUGAACAGUCUGACAAGCAACCACCAAUUUGUAGUGACUGAGUUGGUUGAAAAGCAGGAUUUGGAAAUAAAAAAACUGAAAAAAGAUUUGAUCACCGAGCGUAGAAUUUCUAACCAGUUUAGCCAACAGCUAACCCGAUUAAAGAAAUAUUUUCAAGAACAUGUAUCCAAGACUCGUGUCGAACUCUAUGAUGAGUUCAACGAAUUCAUCAACAACUUGAAGGAGAAACAAUCUAAGUUGGACCAAGAUAUUUGGCAUAAGACAGCCGCCAUUUUCAAUGAAACCGAUAAUGAAGUGAAUGAAAUUUAUACCGAUUCGAUUACCUCUUUGACGCAGAGUGCUAAAGCCACCUUACAAGUGGUUUCUCAAAACAGUGCAACUCUUCAUAAGGAUUUAACGUGCUUAUCACAAAAAAUGAGUUUGAAUAUAUCUUCCAAACUGAAGAGUUUACCCAUUGAGACUUUUUUAAGUAAAAUAUCACAAACCAUUUGUCAAAGUUGCGGAGACAAUAAUAUGUCAACAGCAAAUCCAAUUUUAGUUUCCAUUGAAAAGUUUCAAAACAUGAUCUUUUCAGAUAUUGAACUAACAAACGAGAAAGUGAUGUCGUUGAUUGGUGAAAUAAUAUCACAGAUCGAAAUUGUUUCUAAUAAAAACAACAUCGACUUAACCCUAAUAAAUGAGAAUUUCAACUCUUUGUGCGGUUUCAUAUUGAACGAUUACAAAGAGAAUAUUAUGCAAAUUUCAAAGACGCAAGAUGAAGUGCUUUCCGAUCAUUGCGAGGGACUUCGAUCAUUAAAUGAACAAGGUAUGGACAUUAUCACUACUUACAGUAUAGAAAAACCCGUUGGCAAAUAUAUGCGGCCUGAGUCAACAGCUAUCAAAGGUUUGCCCGUAUUAGACUAUCCCAAACAAUUUCAAAUUUACCGAGAUCCUGAAGACAACAACAAAAGCGACAGAACGAAAACCCACCAUUGCAAACCAAACUCGUUCACUGGAGGAAAUUUUGUUGACUCACAGUUUAGUCCUAAGACCCCAGUGCCCGUGCCUGACCAGCCGUUACCUAAAGUGCUUGUACCGAAGAGCGUAAAUUCUACUAAAUCUAAAAGAUCGAAGACCCUACCAAAUACGGAGGGUACGGGUCGAGAGUCACAGAAUAACUUGAAGAGAAGAUUUACGGCGGAACCGAUACUAAAUGGGGAAGAAGCUAAAAAUAAUGACUUACCGGAAGUUAAGAAAGUUCAUCAAUAA